AUGAAGUACGAUUACGAUGACCACGAUGACCAAGAUGAUGGCAUUGGCUACGAUUAUGACGAGGAGCAGCAGCAACAGCCCCAACAGCCCCAACAGCCACCAAGGCGUUGGUUAAUCCCCUUUAUUCUCACAUCAAUCACUAUAAUCUCAAGCGUAUUUGGCACUAUCGCCGGAUUUACAUACGAACAUCAUAUUGGAAUCUCCAAACAGCAGCCAUUUACACUCGAUAAACUGUUCGAUGAGACAUUUGAGAGUUUUACGAGUGAUAUUAGUUGGAUAAAUGGUGAUGGCGAUGGUGUUUACACGCGUACUGACGAGAGUGGGGCUAUUGAAUUGGUUUAUUUGAAUGAUAACACCACUAAAACUCUAGUAAAGGCUGGAGAAGUGUUUGAUAUCGAUGGAAAUCCACUCGACUUGGACAGCUUCACAAUUAGCCCUGAUUUGAACUUUAUCCUCCUUAAAUCAGACACCCUUCAACAAUUCAGACAUUCCAGUUACGCUAAUUAUCACAUUCAUUCAAUUGAAUCAAACUCAACCCACCCACUACACGACUUAACAUCUCCACCCUCAAUAUCCCUCGCUAAAUGGUCCCCAUCUGGCCAUUCAUUGGUUUAUUGCAUCUCCAACGACCUCUACCUCGUACAUUCCCGCGACGUUUCGAAAGAUCCUCCACAGUCUGUCAGAAUCACAGAAACGGGCACAGACAGCACGUUCAACGGUGUCACUGACUGGGUGUAUGAGGAGGAAGUGUUCAGCACCCACGACGCAACCUGGUGGAACAGCGCGAGUGAUUUGCUGGCUUAUCUCACCCUCGAUGAAGCCAAAGUUGGCGAAUAUUCAAUCCCCAUCUACAAUCCAACGAACAGUGCCGAGAACAUUGCCCAGUACCCUGAGGAUUUACGCAUAAAGUACCCUCAGCCUGGCACUCCUAACCCCACAGUAAAACUCAGCGUAUACUCCCUCGUCAAUAGUCACACAUACACCCUCAACUUUCCUGAAACACGCGACGAUCGCCUCAUUAUAGACGUGGCUUGGUCGAGCAGCAAAACUCUUCUUGUUAAAGAGACCAAUCGCUCUUCCCGCCAAGGGUCUGUUGUCCUUUUCAACUUCACCCAUAUAUCCCCAGACGCCGAAUACGUGGAGGGCGUUACUGUGCGCGAUAUCUCACCUUCCGACGGUGGAUGGAUUGACUGCCAGCAGACCAUCCGCGGCGUGGAGGGGGUGGAAGGGCUUGAAGGUAGUGCGUACCUCGAUAUAGUCCCCAACGAGCAGGGGUACAACCACAUCGCCUUCUACACCUCCAGCAACGCCUCGCUCCCCAUCUUUCUUACUGGCGGGCAAUGGGAAGUGGAAGGUGUGUUGGCAGUCAGUGCGGUGCAGAGAAACGUCUUCUUCUCCGCUGCCUAUCCGACCCCGAUUGACAGGCACAUUCUUACAGUCAGCCUGCCCACGAUUGACAGCAAGGACGACGACAACGACAGCAUUGCCAUAGAAACUCCAGUAAAUCUCACAGACGUGAGCGUGCCCGCUAAGUACUCAGCGGCUUUCAAUCCCGACGCCUCCUUCUACACGCUCAACUACGAGGGACCACGUGUACCAAUGCAAGAUAUCCGCGCGGUGGAUAGUGAUGUCAGCAUCAGCGUGGAGCAAAACAUAGCCCUCAACAACACACUCAAACAGCACGCCAUGGCGCAGAUCCACUACGACACGAUCACGCUCAACGAGACAGAGAUACAAAUCCGCGAGGUACGACCAGGGAAUUUUGACGAUUCUGCCAAGCACCACAAACAGAAACGACCCGUCUUGUUCCAGGUAUACGGUGGUCCCGACUCGCAAGCGGUGGAUCAGCGAUUCAGAGUGCAGUGGAGCGACUACCUGGCCAGUGUGCACGGGUACAUAGUAGUGCAUGUCGAUGUGCGCGGGUCGGGUAAGCGUGGGCGGCGUCACCGCAACGUCGUUACUGACAGAUUGGGUCAAGUAGAAGUGGAUGAUAUGGGAGCACUCGCGAGCUAUUACGCCCAAAAGGAAUACGUGGAUGCAACAAGAAUGGGCGUGUGGGGUUGGUCGUAUGGCGGCUAUCUCACUGCAAAAUGCAUGGAAGGCGCUAGCGAUAUUUUCAGCCUCGCUAUGGCGGUGGCGCCCGUGACCGAUUGGCGUCUGUACGAUAGCAUCUACACCGAACGAUACAUGUCGUCACCAGACCAAAACGCUAAUGCUCAUGGUUAUGCUGAUGCUGCUGUCAGGAAUGUCUCCCAGUUUCAUAACUUCGCCCUCGCUCAUGGCACUGGUGACGAUAACGUACACUUUGCUCAUUCCGCUCACCUUCUCGAUCUGCUCACCCAAGAAGGCGUGCAGGACUUCGCUUUUAGACCUUUCACGGACUCUAAUCACUCCAUUCAUACCCGCGGCGCCUACAAAGAACUCUUCGUCUGGCUAACCCGCUUCUUGGAGGAUAAUUGGACAAAAGUUGCACACACGGGUAAGAAAGGUUAG